GCAGUGUUUUGGCCCGGACGGUCACAUGUUUCCUUUGUUGUGAGCUGGGCAGAGUCUGGUAGCGCCGGCGCUAGAGAGCUCGCUGCGCAGCCGGCUGCAGAGGGGACCUCACACCGCCGCCGCCCGCCGCUCCCAGCCCUCGCCGAGAGGUGUGGGAAUCAAAACAGUCUGGGACUUGAUCAAGCAAAUGCUAAAAAGCCACACAAAGAAAAUUCUUAACAAUCAUUUCUCAGCAAUCCUAUAGUCAACUGAUGUAACAAUGGUACUAAUAUUGGGACGAAGACUAAACAGAGAGGAUCUUGGGGUGCGUGAUUCCCCAGCAACGAAACGUAAAGUUUUUGAAAUGGACCCAAAGUCCCUGACAGGUCAUGAGUUUUUUGACUUCUGUUCGGGGUCAUCCCACGCUGAAAACAUCCUCCAGAUAUUUAAUGAAUUCCGAGAGAGCCGCUUAUUCACAGAUGUUAUUAUUUGUGUGGAGGGAAGGGAGUUCCCUUGCCAUCGAGCCGUUCUCUCAGCCUGCAGUAGCUACUUCAGAGCCAUGUUCUGUAAUGACCACAGGGAAAGCCGAGAAAUGUUGGUGGAGAUUAAUGGCAUUUUGGCGGAAGCCAUGGAAUGCUUUUUGCAGUACGUCUAUACUGGGAAGGUGAAGAUCACCACAGAGAACGUACAAUACCUUUUUGAGACAUCCAGCCUCUUUCAGAUCAGUGUACUCCGUGACGCGUGCGCCAAGUUUCUGGAGGAGCAACUCGAUCCCUGCAACUGCUUAGGGAUCCAGCGCUUCGCAGACACUCAUUCACUCAAAACGCUUUUUACAAAAUGCAAGAACUUCGCAUUACAGACAUUUGAGGAUGUGUCCCAGCAUGAAGAGUUCCUGGAGCUUGACAAAGACGAACUUAUAGAUUACAUUUGUAGCGAUGAACUUGUCAUUGGCAAAGAAGAGAUGGUCUUUGAAGCUGUCAUGCGCUGGGUCUACCGUGCUGUUGAUCUGAGGAGACCACUGUUACACGAGCUCCUGACGCAUGUGAGACUCCCUCUGUUGCAUCCCAACUACUUUGUGCAAACAGUUGAGGUGGACCAAUUGAUCCAGAAUUCCCCUGAGUGUUAUCAGUUGUUGCAUGAAGCAAGACGGUACCACAUACUUGGAAAUGAAAUGAUGUCCCCACGAACUCGGCCCCGGAGGUCCACUGGCUAUUCUGAGGUCAUAGUUGUUGUUGGAGGCUGUGAGCGAGUUGGAGGAUUUAACCUUCCAUACACCGAGUGCUAUGAUCCUGUGACAGGAGAUUGGAAGUCUCUGGCUAAGCUUCCAGAAUUUACCAAAUCAGAGUAUGCAGUCUGUGCUCUAAGAAAUGACAUCCUUGUUUCAGGCGGAAGGAUCAACGGCCGUGAUGUCUGGAUUUAUAACUCACAGUUAAACAUUUGGAUCAGAGUUGCUUCUCUAAAUAAAGGCAGAUGGCGUCACAAAAUGGCUGUCCUCCUUGGUAAAGUAUAUGUUGUUGGAGGCUAUGAUGGGCAGAACAGACUUAGCAGUGUUGAGUGUUAUGACUCGUUUUCAAAUCGAUGGACUGAAGUUGCUCCCCUUAAGGAAGCAGUGAGUUCACCUGCUGUGACUAGCUGUGUAGGCAAACUGUUUGUGAUUGGUGGAGGACCUGAUGAUAAUACUUGCUCUGAUAAGGUUCAAUCUUAUGAUCCAGAAACCAAUUCUUGGCUACUCCGUGCAGCUAUUCCAAUUGCCAAGCGGUGUAUAACAGCUGUAUCCUUAAACAACCUGAUCUACGUUGCUGGUGGAUUGACCAAGGCAAUAUAUUGUUAUGAUCCAGUUGAGGAUUACUGGAUGCAUGUACAGAAUACAUUCAGUCGACAGGAAAACUGUGGUAUGUCUGUGUGCAAUGGUAAAAUAUAUAUCCUCGGUGGAAGACGGGAAAAUGGAGAAGCCACAGACACUAUUCUCUGUUAUGAUCCUGCAACAAGUAUCAUUACAGGGGUCGCAGCAAUGCCCAGACCAGUGUCUUAUCAUGGCUGUGUGACUAUUCAUAGAUACAAUGAGAAAUGCUUUAAACUCUAACGCCAGGAUACCUCAUCCAAGAAGCCAUGCCAAUCCAAGAGAAGAGUUUUGGGAACUCCAAAAUGGAAACUUGACAUAUAUCCUUUGUGCCAUGCGAGCACACACAUAAAGUAAAAAUAAUAAUUGUGGUGCCUUUCUCCCCAAAAGAUCAAUAUUUAAACUUUAAUAAAAUGUUUCCUGUAACUGAAGACAAAAAUGUUUCAUUUGAUGAACAUAGUAGUAGUUGUUGCUUGGGCUUUGAAGAGAGCAUACCUUAGUGUCUGUAAGAAACCUAUGUAGAGUAGGAAAUCAUGUCUACCUGCAUAGCUGUUAGGAAGCUGUGAAUGGUCUCUUCUUUUAUGUAUGUUUAUCAUUAAGACUGUACAUUUCUUAUUUUGUCAUAUAUAUAUAUAAUAUAUAUAUAUAUUUGCAUGACUCAAGGCUUCACUAGAUGAGAUCUCAGUCAUUCUAAGAGAAAUCAUUUUAAAGUAUUUCUCACAAAAAAUUCAAAUUCAUUAAUUUUAUUAAGAUUAUUUCUGUCAUUGAUAAGAUGUAAUGAAAAUUUGAGUAUCACAAGAUACUAAAUGAUCGUGGCUUCAUUCUUAGAACUGAUGUCCUAUAUUAGAAAUUUUUUUGAAAGGAGUUUGUGUAGGAAAUACAAAAGCAAGUACCCUUAAAAUGGAAAAUAAAAUUAUAGGUUAAUUUCUAAGGAAAAAAAAAAUCUUUAAAAACCCUCAAGGGAAAAUGACCCACAGUGGUUCUCUAAGGAUGUUUGUAUCAUCUCCAAGUCCUACAAGGAAACUCCUUUCCUUGACUCUGGCAAAAGAGUUAAGAUCUAUUUUGUAAUGUUACGUGAAAAACAGGGACAGAGUUUCUCCCUAGCCCAGUAGGGUUUGACCUCAUUAAGUAUGUUGCUUGGAAUGAGAACCUCUUCCCUCCUACUUUCUUGUGAACAGCUAAAAAGUUCUAGAGUCUAUUGUUACGUUGCUUUUCAAGAAUCAGUUGGGGGGAAAAACAAAAUCAAUGGGGACCACCUAUCUCUGUGGGUCCAUUUUUAUUUUAAAAUUAGCAAUCUAAAAAAUAAAACUGACAGCAGUAGUUACAAUUUUAUAAGAUAAAUCUUUCAUUUGUAACCCGUUGUAUAAGACAGUGAUUGCUCUCAAGCUUCUGGAUAAUAACUGUCUUUGCUUAGAUCUUUCAACUUCAAUUUAUCAUGUUUACUAAGCUUUCAAAGAGCAACGUAAGAAAAACCAAGUGAUGAUGGUUAUUCCUGGAUGGACAGAUAGAACUUGGGUAGCCUGCUAUCUCUUGACUUCCCAGAUGCUAUUGGUGUGUCACGUUGUAAUUGUGUAUUCUUUGUCAUUAUGAGAUGUGAUUGUAGUGUCACAGGAUUUCUGUUCAUUUGAGAUAGUUUUGUUUUUGUUUUUGCUUUUUACCAGAGUACUGCUCAAAUCUGGCUACUGGUGGUACAGAGGAUUGGACCUGGGACCUCAGAGCCUCAGGCCUGAAUCUGUUUGCAUAACCAUUAUGCUAUCUACCCCCACCCAAAACCAAGGCAGUUUUAACAAAAAAAAACCUAGCAUUGGUUUUUUUUCUCAUAGAAUAAUACAGGGAUUUCAAAUAAAAGACGGCAUCAACUUUAAUGCUUGACUGAAAAGCUUAGCUAGACUCAAUUCUGAUACCCCAAUAUUUGGAGAAACGGUUUCCUACUGUUUUAAAUUGGGCCAUUAGUUCUUUAUAAUCAUUUACUUUUUCCUUACACCUUUUAUAGAUAAAGGAAGCUAUGUAGUUUUUGCAGUGUUGAGAUUAUGUAUGAGAAAAAUGUUUUGUAAGUGCUGAGGACUACAAAUUAAACUUGUCAACUCCAUGUGUUUUUGUAAGAUCGUGUUCAUCCACAAAUACAAACAUUUCACAUAAGACCUCAAGAAAACUUGUAUGCUAAUACUCUUGUUAAUGUAAAAGUUUGGAACUAUUUACUUGUAUUUUAUUACAUAUUUACUUUUAAUAUCUGUGUUUAUUGUAGUAACUUUAAAAUGAAAUCCUAUAAAAGAGAAUUUCUAUAAAUGUGGGCCUUAUGCCAAUACUUUAAUUUUUUUCUCUACAUAAUUUAAUACUGUAGAAAUUAAAUAGGGCACACAAUAACCUUGUUUGACUCUUUGGGAAUUAAAAUAACUUUUUAAAAUGAUUCAACUGAUAACUUUCCUUUAAUAGUUUUCAACAAAUAAUAGUGUUAGCAUUGAUAAUUUUUAAGUAGAUAUAAUUAGUAUAUCAAAAGGGAUAUAUAGAUUAUAUUGAGGGAUUGGUAUUAGAUAUCACACAGUUGACAGAUUUUCUUCAAUAAGUGAUGUUCACAUAAACCUUUGAUAUAUACGUAUAUGUAGCUAGGUAAUAUGGUCAUGGACACACAUAAACAAGUACCGAUAUUCAUCAGUUUGCAAUGAUUUAAAAAAAAAAAAGGGGGGAGUUGGGCGGUAGCUCAGUGGGUUAAGCACACGUGGUUUGAAGCGCAAGGACCGGCAUUAGGAUCCUGGUUUGAGCCCCCGGCUCCCCACCUGCAAGGGGAUCAUUUCACAGGCAGUGAAGCAGGUCUGCAGGUGUCUAUCUUUCUCUCCCCCUGUCUUCCCCUUCUCUCUCCAUUUCUCUCUGUCCUAUCCCAACAAUGACGACAAUAACUACAACAAUGGCAACAAAAGGGAAUAAAUAUUUUUAAAAAUAAUAAAAAAA